UUCGAUCGGCUCCAUCUUUGCCGGGCGGUCCAUAGAAGUUUUCAAAUUAGACACAGAAAACCACGGAAAAUGGUCUCGCUCACUCACUCACUGAUAUCGUCUGGUCCUAGCUAGCAUGCCUAUAGUCGUCCGAGUAGUUAACAACAAGCUGUUGAAGCGAUUGAUCACUUCAAAGGCUGUGGGGGAGAAGGGAGGAGGAAGAAGACAACCACAUGCUAUUACUACUACUAUCAAUCCUCACUUAAGUGUGAGAGUGAGUGUGACUAGAUAGAUAGAUUCACAAGCGGACAAGCAGUGGAAGAAUGGCUUGUAGUUUCCACUUUGUUGCCUUUCUCCUCUUGCUCGUAUUCUUCUCCCUCUCUUCUGCUUCCGCAUCGGCCACCUCCGGGCACAGAACCGGCGGCAAUGUCACCGCUACCGCGACGCUGAGGCCAGGGCUCAAGCAGAGGAGGAUCAGGGCUCUCCUCAACAAGCUCAACAAGCCUUCUGUCAAGACUAUUGAGAGCCCAGAUGGCGAUUUCAUUGACUGCGUCCCGUCUCACCUCCAGCCUGCAUUUGACCACCCAAAGCUCAGGGGACAAAAGCCUCUGGAUCCACCGGGGAGGCCCAACAACUACAACUCUACCAUUCCCGGAGGGAGCAGAGCGGAUGCGGUGGUGGUGCAGGCGUGGCAUGCCACCGGCGAGGUUUGCCCCGAAGGGACGGUGGCGCUGCGCCGGACGACGGAAAGAGAUCUGCUCAGGGCCAGCUCCCUCAGGAGGUACGGCAGGAAGCCGGCACGCCGGAGUACUCGGCGUGAUUCCACCAGCAGUGGGCACGAGCAUGCAGUUGGGUAUGUGAAUUCUGAGAAAUACUAUGGAGCCAAAGCUAGUGUUAAUGUGUGGUCGCCCAGGAUAGGUGACCCCUCUGAGUUCAGCCUGUCACAGAUCUGGGUCCUCUCUGGCUCCUUCGGCAAUGAUCUCAACACCAUUGAAGCUGGAUGGCAGGUAAGCCCUGAGCUGUAUGGAGACAGUAGUGCCAGGUUCUUCACUUACUGGACAACUGACGCGUAUCAAGAGACGGGGUGCUACAACCAUAACUGCCGUGGGUUUGUCCAGACGACCAACAAGAUCGCCAUCGGGGCAGCUAUCACGCCAGAAUCGGUGUACAAUGGAAGGCAGUUUGACAUCACUCUGAUGAUAUGGAAGGAUCCCAAGCAUGGGCACUGGUGGCUGGAGCUCGGGCCCGGCGUCGUCGUGGGCUACUGGCCGUCAGGCUUGUUCACCCACCUGGUGCACCACGCGAGGAUGGUGCAGUUCGGCGGCGAGAUCUUCAAUGCAAGGCCGACGGGAUCUCACACGGCGACGCAGAUGGGCAGCGGGCACUUCCCCGGCGAGGGGUUCGACCGCGCCGCCUACUUCCGGAACCUGCAGGUGGUGGACUGGGACAACAGCAUCAUCCGGGCGUCCAACCUGAAGCUCCUCGCUGACCAUCCCGGGUGCUACGACAUCCAUGGAGGGUUCAACAGCGACUGGGGCACAUACUUCUACUAUGGAGGGCCAGGGAGAAACGUGAAAUGCCCCUGAGCUGACAUUUUUGGGCUCUUGCUGUUUGUUUGUUGGUUUUGUUUGUUUGUUUGUUAGUAAAAUCUUUUGUGAUACUAGUAGAUUCUACUAGGAUGUGAUUGUUAGUCCUUAGAUCUUUAACUCCUGGAUGCAUAUGAAGCACUUGAGAGGAAUCUGUAAAUUUUGAGGUGUACCCGUUUUUCUGUGCAGUCCAUUUAUGGAGUAGCGCCCUUCUGGAUUGA